AUGCCUGGAAGUGCGCCAAAGCAAGAAAGAAAGUCUAGCACCCCCGAAGACCGGGCUCACUAUGACAGCCGAUCCGCCGUGGCAGCUAAGCCAGUUGCGAAAUACAAUGAAGAAGACAGGGUCUGGCUCGACUUGGGAAAGAGAGGAUACUUUGAGGUUGUUAUUAUCGCUGUGCAAAGGAACGAAGCACAAGCAAGAUUUGAAUAUCAGUUGGAACAAGAUGGUUACCUCUACAACGGCGGGGAAUGGGUUGCGCAGGACAAGCUGAACGACUGUUAA